UUCCCAAAGUGGCCUACGGUUGAUGACGUUUGUGCACAGUUGAAAUGAAUACCUGGAACAGUAUUCUGAGUUGACGUCUGAGUUGCGACCUUUAUAUAUACACAAUCUAUGGUUGCGACACGGCGGAGUUGAACAGGCAGUGACAGUCCAAACUUCAUAACUCAGAAUGGAGAGCUUCGAAACUGCAGCCAACAUGGGAUUGUCAACAAACUUUUCCCAGGUUGUGUUUCAGGAAAUCCCAAACUCAUAUGUGUCAAAUGUUGCCUUGACUUGCUGCUACACUCUGACAGCAGCCAUCCAACCGAAUCCCAGAGACUGGGUGGGGAUAUUCAAGGUGGGCUGGAGCACCACAAAGGAUUAUCACACAUUUGUGUGGGUAGAACCAUCAUUGGAUCUGAUAGGACUGGAGCCAGUCAGAAAACAAGUGCUUUUUACUGCAUACUACUUGCCGAAGGAUGAUGCAGCGUUCUAUCAGUUCUGCUAUAUCGAUAGCAAUGACCAAGUGAGAGGAGCCAGCACCCCCUUCUGCUUUAAAACCCCAGGGGAACAAAGCACAGACUGCAGCCUUGAAAAUGACCUCUUGGUUAUCAUAACUCAGGAAAAGGUAGAGCAGCGUGAGAGGGAGAAAGAAGAGCUGGUCAUGGAGUUGGGGCAACUGAAAGAACAAAAUGAGACUCUGAGAAGUGCUCUGAAAGAGCAACAGCAAGAGAUUGAUCACCUCAAGAUGUCAAAUGAGGAACUAUACCAGGCAGAUGGUAACACGGAGAAUAAGCGGGAGAAUGCAAGAAAGCAUGAAGAACUGACACAGAACACUAAACUAAUGGAUGACUCACACAGAGGGCAGGAGGAACAGGUGGAAAAAAGUGAGAGGGAGAAAGAAGAGCUGACCAUGGAGUUGGGGCAACUGAAAGAGCAAAAUGAGACUCUGACAUGUGCCCUAAAGGAGCAACAGCAAGAGGAGUCCAAAGAGGAACUGUUACAGGUAGUGAGCAAACUGGAGCGGCAGCAACAGAAUACUAGAGUGCAUGAAGAACUGGCACAGAAUGCCAAAUCAAUGGAUGAAUCACAGAGAGGACAGGAGACUCUGACAACUAUUUGUGAGAAAUAUGAACAAGCGUUGAUCAAGAUAAAACAGCUGAAGAAGGAGCGAGAGGAGUUGAAAGGAAAGGUUGAGGUCCAAAGUGUGGAAAUUGCACAGCUGAGCCCAAGGCUCAAAGAAUCUGAGCAGGAGUCCCACAAACUGAAGGAUCAUAUUCAGCUUCUACAGGUGGAUCUCCAGAGCAGUGAGAAAGAGAAGGAGAAGCUACAGGACCUGAAGACUGAGAACAAGGCAUUACGUAGAAGCCUGUCAGAGCAGGAGCAGCAGCCACUGCAGAUGGUGGACAUUGAUUGGAAGGAGCAAUACCAAGCCCUUCUGGGCCAGCUGGAGGAGGCUCAGACACAGUUGCACAAGGAGUUGCAGGCUUCCAACAAUACCCGCAAACGUGCAGAGCAAGCAGAAAGGGAACUGGAGGAGCUCAAGGAAUGCAUGGAGAGCACGGCCAUGACGUCUGAUCAGACAAAGCAGAAGAGCAGCAAACUAGAGAUGCAACUUUCAGAGUUAAACGAAAUCAUUGAGGAGAAAGAAAACAUGGCAGAGAUUGCUAAAGUAGAGAAAGAGGAGUUGUCCAGAGAGAAUCAGGAUCUCAAAAGAGAUAUUGAAAGACUUCGCAAGGAAUUUGAUGACGUCCAGGCUGCUGCAGUGCCCAUGCAGCAUCCCAACCCUUAUGGCUCUUCAACUGACCCUACCGCCAAUAAGGAGCAGCAGCAGCAAGAGGCACUGGCUGACUCUCUCCACUUUGGGAACCCAUAUGAAACCCCAGGCACGGCUACAAACCUGGAGGAAGAGUUGUCCUUGGAGUGUCGUCACUGCCAUGAGUCCUUCCCUGGCAUCACCCAGGACGAGCUGGAGCUGCACGAGCACAGCCACAGAGCGUGCCCCUUCUGCACCCUCAUCUGUGACGGAAUGGAGCAGGCUUUAUAUGAAGACCACGUCUACAGCCACGAGGUGUAGAGAUGCUACUUCCUCACAACCCAGAGAGUUGUUUGUGAGUUGACUACUCAUAAAAAAUAAUAAAAAAAGCUGAUACUCUACUAAUUAUUCUGUAUGGGGGGUGGGCAAAUAAAUAUGGGCUAACAACCAAUCCAGGAUAUUAUAUAAAUAACAUUUCUAGUCCCCUGUUUAUUACUGUAAAAUGUCCUCUUACCUGGUCAAAUAAGUUAAGAAUUAAAUGUCUGGUAAAUCCGUAGCUAAUUUAUUUAGCCUGACAUGUAUCAUACUAUAUCAGAUAUUUGUUUGAUGGCACUUCAUUUUGGUCUUGGAGUAGAAUUUUGCCUCCAUUGCUGGGUGAUAGGAAUGUACUGCUUUGCUAUUUAAUGAUUUCCUAUGUUUACUCCGUUAUAAUCUCUGCUGAACUGUUUACUUUGCGUAAUUACACUAUACUGACUUUCUCCCCUUAAACCUCCUGCUAAUAUGUUUACAUAACGUGUUGCAUAAUAGAGUCAAACGAUUAAUGGUCAAAUGAUGCCAUCUGAAAAUGAAAUGGUUCAAAUGGGAUUCAUGUGGGAAGCAACAAAUAAAGUUGUCUGCACAGUUGUGUUGACAUGGAAGUA